CCCACAUCACCCUGAUUGUCAAGGUGCUGCUGCUGCAGCCAUGAGGGACCGCUCCUGCAUGCAAUGAAAUGACCUUGCUCACAAUCAAAUUCCCCCAGCACUCACAGGGAAACUCAGGAUGCCCCAGCUCACUCCAUGUGGGAACCUCAGAGCCCUCCCCUAAACCUCAGUGCCAGCCCCAUUGGCUGCCAGGGCCAUUGGCACCAGCAGAGCUGCCCAGGCAGAGCCAGCCUGAGGAGACAACUGCGGCCACAUCUCCCAACAGUCUGUUCUUGCUGCUGCUGCACCCACUGCUGCACACUUGGGGCCUCCCUGCUGGAACUAUGCAGUCCCCUUGCUGCUGCCUGCUCUCCCUCCUCCUCUACCUCGUCCUCCUCUCUGGGACAUGGGCAGACCUGGAGGGGACCAUCACUCUCCGGCUGCUCCAGACCUCCACCUUCCAAAACACCUCGUUUGUGGACACGGAGGGGUUGGGCCUGCUGGAAGACAUCGAACUUGGUUAUUUUGAUAAACGCACAUGGUCCAUCCACCUCUACCAGCCCUGGGUGCACUCGGCCCUGCCCCGAGCUGAUUGCGACAGCAUGGAGAACCUGAUUAUAGGCUAUUUUCUGCAUUUCAACCACAUGGUCAAUGAAGGGGCCAUGCUAACAGACAUCCCCUACCCCUUUGUGUUUCAGUGCAUGGGUGGCUGCAUACUGUACCCCAACAGAACCACCCAGGCCUUUGCCUACGUGGGUUACAAUGGUCAGGAUUUCCUCAGCUUCGACACAAAGAAUGCCACCUGGACCCUCUCCCAGGACACCAUAUUCUCACAGCAUAUCAAGGCAUUUCUUCAGAACUACACUGCCAUGAAGGACAUGGUGAAAAUGAUCUUCAGUGAUACUUGUGUCAAUGAGAUGAAGAUGGUCCUGCAGUAUGGGAGGGCAGCUCUGGAGAGACAAGAGCUGCCUGUGGCCACGGUCUUCGCCCGCACCCCCAGCCUAGGCCAGCUGCUGCUCGUUUGCCACGUCACUGGCUUCUACCCGCGUCCCAUCAGCGUGGCCUGGCUGCGGGAUGGCCAGGAGGUGCCUCCGGGGCCGGCGCUCAACACCAGCCCCAUCCUGCCCAACGCUGACCUCACCUACCAGCUCCGCAGCGCCCUGGCCGUGGCCCCCCGGGACGGGCACAGCUACGUCUGCCGUGUGCGCCACCACAGCCUGGGCACCCACAGCCUCCUCAUCCCGUGGGGGAACUCCGAAGUGGUGCUGAUCACAGGGCUCGUGGCCGGGCUGCUUGCAGCCGUGGCCAUGGCUGCCGUGGUGGUGCUUUGGGUGUGGAGACAAAGGUCUCUGCCAUGGAGCAUCCAGCUGUCCUCCUCUCAUUUUAGAAACCACCAGCCAAAGGAGGAAUCAAAGUCCAGGAACUCCAUCCUGAGCAAAGGAGCUUAGUUCAGCAGGGAGCCAACAGUCCCCAUUCCCUCCCACUGCCUUCACAGCAACUUUUUCUGCUUCAACCAAGUUUUAGGUGUUGCCAGUUGCAAGACUUAACUCGAUUCAGAGAUGCACAAGAGAAACCUGGCAAGAGAAACCUGAGCUGUUGAUGCAGUUGAACUUUCUAAACAGACACAAAUUCAUUCUGACAACCUUCUCAUUUGUUACACAUGAUCAUCUCUUAGCUUGUGGCACUCGCCCGUCCACCUACUGAUGCUCUAGGGCACCUCAAUGCCCAGUGGCAAAUUCUUCUGGUUCUACUUCAGUCACAGUUUUGUCAGAAGCUGGAAAGCUGUCCCCUUCAACUGGUGUAUUUUUUCCUAAAAAUUGCCUUUAUUAACCAUAUUCCAGAAGUAAUUGUGCUGAGACUGAACAGUUCCACACAGACUAACAGAACCUGGCCAGAAAUGGCUUUGGAAAGUGCUGAGUAACACUGAAACUCCGGUGAACUGUGUGGGAGCUGCAGAUGAGUAUGAAAUGAAAAUAAACCAUUCAUAUUUUUACUAAGA